CCGCUCAUUGAGACUUUCUCUCAACUCUCUCUCACUUUUCUUCUUCUUCUCUCAAACCCUUGGAGGAGCGAGAGGAAGAGAAACAUAACAGACGACUAAUCCUAUCUCUCUAUAGCUGAGUGUUUUUAGCUUUUGGAAGACAUGAUGGGGGAGAGGCCUCAACAUCCAACUGUUGCCCAGAAAGUAGCUGGUCAUUUCCGUCUUAGUUCCAGCCUUUCUCAAGGUGCUGGUUCACUAAAUGGAGCUUUUAACACUCCAUCUAUGUACCAAAGGCGAUAUGCCUAUGGAAACAGCAAUAGGGCAUUCCAGACAUGCCAAGUUAGUCAAGAUCUAUCUUUGAUUAACCACAGUGCAUCACCUGUCUUUGUGCAAGCACCUGCUGAGAAAGGAUUGGCCAGCUUUGCUGUUGAUUUUCUUAUGGGAGGUGUCUCAGCUGCUGUCUCUAAAACUGCCGCUGCUCCAAUUGAGCGUGUGAAGCUUUUGAUCCAGAACCAGGAUGAGAUGAUCAAGGCUGGCAGGCUCUCUGAACCCUACAAGGGAAUUGGAGAGUGUUUUGGCCGUACAAUCAAGGAGGAAGGGUUUGGAUCAUUGUGGAGAGGAAACACUGCCAAUGUCAUCCGUUACUUCCCUACCCAGGCCUUGAAUUUUGCAUUUAAGGAUUACUUCAAGAGGCUCUUUAGUUUCAAGAAGGACAGAGAUGGCUACUGGAAAUGGUUUGCUGGUAACUUGGCAUCUGGAGGUGCUGCUGGUGCUUCUUCACUUCUCUUUGUGUACUCUCUCGACUACGCUAGAACCCGUCUUGCCAAUGACGCCAAGUCUGCAAAGAAGGGAGGAGAGAGACAGUUCAAUGGUUUGGUUGAUGUCUACAGGAAGACUAUUAAAACUGAUGGAAUUGCUGGGCUUUACCGUGGAUUCAACAUUUCAUGUGCUGGAAUCAUUGUCUACCGUGGUCUUUACUUCGGAUUGUACGAUUCUCUAAAGCCUGUUCUUUUGACUGGGGACCUUUCAGAUAGUUUCAUGGCCAGUUUUGCUCUUGGUUGGUUGAUCACCAAUGGUGCUGGACUUGCAUCAUACCCUAUUGAUACCGUUCGUAGAAGAAUGAUGAUGACUUCUGGUGAAGCCGUUAAGUACAAGAGCUCUUUCGAUGCUUUCCAACAGAUUCUGAAGAAUGAGGGAGCCAAGUCACUGUUCAAGGGUGCUGGUGCCAAUGUCCUUCGUGCCAUUGCUGGUGCUGGAGUGCUAUCUGGUUAUGACAAGCUUCAGCUUCUCGUCCUUGGAAAGAAGUACGGUUCAGGAGGCGGCUAAUUAACACACUCUAGGAUUUGUAGUAGCCUCAUUUGUGAUGAUGAAAAAAAUUUAUAUCUUUUUUUGAGUUCAGUUUGAUAAGUUUAGGUGGCGGGAUUUUACCUUUUCGCUGGGAAUAAUUUUUCUGUAGGUUGGGGAGUUUCUCCCCCUGAAAACCUUUUCUUUUCCAUUUUGGACCAAGUUUUGUUUACAUACAUCUGAUUGUUGGUUCUGUUGCAAACUUGCAAUUGCUUACUUCUUUUAAGGGCUUGCAAAUUUUAUUCUUGUCCUAAUUUAUGGCUUCUUUUGUUUCU